AUGUUCUUCUACAGGGAUAUGCUAAUGAUGCUAGCGAGAAAUAAAAGGGUAGACGAAGCCAGGAGAGUGUGGGAUGACUUAAAGAGGGAAGGCAUGCUUUUUGAUCAGCAUACCUUUGGUGACCUCAUUAGGGCCUUCUUAGACAGUGGACUACCGAAGGAAGCAAUGGACAUAUACGAGAAAAUGAGGCUAUCUCCUGAUCCCCUGCUAUCAUUGCCUUAUAGAGUGAUCUUGAAGGGGCUCCUCCCAUAUCCAGAAUUGAGGGAAAAAAUAAAAGAUGACUUCUCAGAACUUUUUCCUAAUAUGAUUGUUUACGACCCACCUGAGGACUUAUUUGAUGAUCAACAAUGGGAAAAGGACGAUGUAGAUGGAUGA